CUUCAAUAGAAAUCAGCGGAAUUUAUUUAUUUUAACAUUGUUUGACGGAGACGUUUCUUUGAGAGAUCGGCACAAUGCUUCCCCUGAAGGAGAAGGACAAGCCUCUUGUCCAGAAGCUGUUGUCAGCCGGAUGCUGCGCUCGCUGUGUCCUCAGGUUUUGCUGCAUUGGCGUCCAGGCAGCCUAUCGCCAGCCCUACCAGGAUAUACUUAAGGAAAUUCAGGCUUUCAUCAGCGAUGAGGAAAACAACAAACCCCAAGACGCCGCAGUGGCAGACCCAACCGUAGACCCCCCGAGUAAAAAAAUGAAGCUAGAUGUCGCAGAAGCUGACGGCCAGUCCGAGGGCGAUGCUUCUGCUCAUCUCGUGACAUCACAACAAUCCGACCCAGAAGCAGAAGAGUCGCACGUGUGCGUGGCGUGUCUGGGAAUUCUACAGGAGUACUCCGGUAGAAGCCACGCCGUCAAGGUGUCAGAAGCAGUGAAGAAAGAAAACUACAAGUUUGACACUAUGGUGCUGUCUGUCUCUCUCCCUGCACAGCUGUGCGUCAGAGAGCAUUCCCUUUGGCUCCAUGUGAAAAAGGAAGUGAGACAGAAGAGCAUGGCCCUGGACAAAGAUGACGUGGCCCAGGUGAAGGAGGCUUUUAAGUGGGUGAUGCAGGGCCUCGUUGCCAGGGAGCUUGGGGGCGUGGCCGUGUUCACCAAGAGUGCGUUUGAGAUCGGCGUGGAGUUCACCCAUCCGGAGACGGACGCCGACUGCCACUUCCUGGCCGGAGCGUGUCCGGACUGCUUCAAACCCACGAAGACCAAACAGUCGGUGUUCACCAGAAUGGCGGUGGUCAAAGCCCUGGAGAAGAUAACCGACGCCAAGUUUCUAAAACAUUAUCCGUGUCCACCUGCACGACCUUCAACCAAAUGCAGCCAUCAGGACAUUCAGUGUCUCCAUGCUUCUGUCUUUGUGGCAGGGAGGUACAACAAGUUCUGUCGCAGCCUCCCUCAGACGCCAUGGGUGAUUGAUGGGGAGAGGAGGAUGGAGUCGUCGGUGGAGGAGCUAAUCGGGACCCCGCUCCUCUCUGCUUUCAGGGCCAACGGAUUCAAUUUCUCCUCUUCCGGAAGAGAGGAUGUGGAUGUUCGGACCCUCGGAAAUGGUCGUCCAUUUGCAGUAGAACUAUUGAAUCCUCACCAGUCUCGGCUCACCAAAGUAGAGAUGAAGCAGCUCCAACAGACUGUUAAUGAGUCCACAGAGAAGAUCAGAGUGAGAGAUCUACAAAUCGUUACCAGAGAAGACAUGGGGCGACUGAAGGAGGGUGAGGAGGAAAAGACCAAGCAGUACACGGCCCUGGUCUGGACCCAGAAGGCCAUCGCAAAAGAGGACAUCACAUUCAUCGAUGACAUCAAAGAGUUGACCAUAGACCAGAAGACCCCUCUGAGGGUGCUGCACCGCAGGGUGCUGGCCGUCCGACAGAGAGUCAUCCACAACAUGAGUACCCGCUUCAUUGACCCACAUCACUUCCACCUUGGGCUCAAGACCCAGGCCGGGACGUACAUCAAGGAGUUUGUCCACGGGGAUUUUGGUCGGACCAAACCCAACAUGUGUCAGUUGCUGGAGACGGACACAGACAUCCUGGAGCUUGACGUUGAGUCUGUGGAUGUGGACUGGCCUCCUGCCAUACCAGAGUGAAGCCUACCCGGGAUCACCACUGGACCAUCACGUGACUCCAGAAGCGGGCCAAUGUGCAAAUGUUAGCGGCAUUUGUACUGCUGCCAUCCUCAGUCACUGUAAAAUCGCUUCAGUUGUAAGUGUCGGCUAAAAAGCUGCAAAUGUAAUGAUUUGGAAAGCUGGUUGGGAGACUGAGGCAAGCGACGGCGGGGAACUGUGAUCUUGCGCUGAGAGUACCGUUCUCCUUUACUGUCGU